GAAAUUCCUAGUUUUACAUAGCUUGAAAAGAUGAAGUUUGUAACGGUUGUGCUGUAUUUGGUCUGUGUGGUAAGUGCACAGAAUACCGUUGUAGACGUGCUGAAAACGCUUGGAACUGAGGGGAAGCUGAUAGAACUGGUGCAGAAGGCGAAGCUGGAUUCCCGACUAGAGGGCAAAGGUCCCUUCACGGUGUUCGCACCGACAGACGAUGCCUUUUCCGCCCUCCCUGGGGACUUGCUGGCCAAACUUGAAGCCGACAAUUUGCUGUUGACACAGGUGUUGGAGUUCCAUGUAGCUUCUGGCAAGGCCAUGUCUAGUGGACUCAAAAACAAUCAGCUUGUUCCAACCCUGAUUGGGCUCAACAUCCGAAUCAACAUCUACAAUACCAGCAAGCCAUCAAUUAUAACGGCAGAUGGCGCUGUUGUAACGAAGGCUGACAACGUUGCCAGUAAUGGCGUCGUACACGUCAUAGACCAAGUCUUGUGGCCUUUGCCGACAGCGUCAAUCGCACAGGGAAUCGCUGCGAAUUUCCACUUGUCUACCCUGGGCUCAGCCGUCUCUAAGGCAGGUCUGGUCGCAACUCUCUCAGGUGACGGCCCUUUCACUGUGUUCGCUCCUACGAACGAGGCGUUCUCCAAGCUGCCGGCAGGAGUUCUGGACGGUCUGCUGAAGAACGUGACGGCGCUGACUGACGUCCUGACGUACCACGUCCUGCCGGGGGCGUACUAUCUCCCCGGGCUGCGCAACGGGGACAUGCUCAAGACACUGGAAGGAGGAAACGUAACUAUAAAGAACUCAAAGGAUGCAGCAGCCAUGGUGAAUAACGCCACCAUCAUCGCACAGUUAGCAGAAAGUAACGGAGUCCUGAUGCUUAUUGAUACCGUCCUUAUUCCUCCACCCAAGCAUUUCGAGCUAGCAGAAGACAAGAUGUAA